GUUUGGAAGGUUUUUGUCUGAAAUAUACAGUAGUAAAAUCCAGUUAUGAUGGAUAAUUGCAUCUUAAUUCUACUUUAAGAUUCCUCAAUGAAAUGAAAAAUGAAAAUGUAUGCUUUGUACAUUUUGGUACAUAGAAGUACAAAUAUGUCUAGAUUAUCACAGCAAUACAGUUCCAGUACAAAAGGCACAUUCCUAAUUGCCCUCCUAAGAUCCAUUAACUGGGAACUGGUAUUGUGGUGGGAACUGGUAUUGUGGAGGUGGGUGAAAUACACUGCUCUUUGAUAAGGUAGUCUUCCCUGGAGAUAUGUGGGAGACAGAUGCUCUCCACUGGCUGGUGAGGCAUUAAGUCACAACCUCUGGGGAGGUGGGGGUACUUCUGGUUGGAACAAGGGGGGCAUGCUUGGCCUUAUUGUCCUCAGAUCCAUGGUGUGACCUGGGACAACCCCCUCUGAGGGCCAAAUCGCAAGAGUCCUUACCCUCACACGGCUUCUACAGAAAUAGAAAACUGUAAAUGUAAGGGUGACUGCCAGAAAGAGACAGCAGACCACUAGCAGAGCUGUCAACACACUGGCCAUCCAAUGAUAGGGGUCUGUCUGUCGCACUGAUACACCAGUGGGAUCCGAGGCUGGGACUGUGUUGACAGAAGUGGGAUAUGGAGUACUGGUGGAAAGAGUGGGACUAGAGGCUAUAGUUGUGGCAGUAGUUGGGCUGGAGAAACAGUCAUGUCUGAAGCUCACAGGGCCUACCUUCCUGAUGGGGAACUCUGGGAGCAUUGCCUGGCUGAACGCAGGGCUACUCUGUCUGGCCCCUGAACUAAUUUCCUCCCACAUGCGCCAGACCUGACCCACAGGGCACCGUCCCUCGACACCAUCUCCCCCCCACCUGUCAUAGGGUGAAGUUAAAUCAAGACACAAUAGUGGAUCCAGGUGCCAGGGACAGCACGGCAAGGUGGUGGCUGCCAGAGUCAUUGAAGAAGCGUGACAGCUUGUCUAGGAGAGGCUCCACCCUGUGGGGCAGUUGAACAUGACCCUUCAAGUCGUCCUCCGCAUUGGUGUCAUACCAUGUCAUUAUGUGUCCAAUUACUAGACUGCCUGGUUAUGAGGAAACCAUAAAUGCUACCAGGCAGGGACCCUCCAAAGGCUUCUAUGACACAUUCAAGGCUGGCUGAACACAUUGCUUUCUAUAGUUUUAUAUGUUCAGGGUUCCACUUUACUAUCAUAUAGAAAAUAAUAUAAAAUAACCUUACAUUAUAACUGUAACUCAAGUUAUGUAGUCUACAUAUAUGAAAUGCACCUGUCAGCUCAUUUAUGUAGACAAAACCCUGUAGCAACAUGCACAAGAUACAGCCACCUCAAAAAGAAGCCCCAUCCACCCCUAUUCUUCAGCCAUGUCCUAUUUCAUCCCCCUCUUAGUUGUGAUGGAUAGAGAGGGGGAUGUUGACAAACCCAGGGGGUGACAUCAAUGAGAGACUUGAAAAAAUGAACUAUCACUGGGUUUCUCAAUGCCGCUAGGCUUUAGUUGCCCUGUCCUUUAUUCAGCUCUCCACUGUGAAAGAAUGUGGUCACGCAACAGGACAACAGUGGUCAGUUGUUGCUCAAAGUCUCAACAUUUCCCUUUUGCCUUUUUCUUUACAUAUGGAGUUGAGUAACAGAGCGUUACUUAGCUUAGAUUUUAAUUGACUCAGUUUCCCUGGAGUGAAAGAAUGUUUGGCUUGAGUUGCAAGCUGACCCUUGACAAAGUGGCCACCUGGUCCCGCUGGGUUUGGGUUUAUGCUGUGGGGUCACACCUGAACUAACUUGUAUUGGGGGCCACCAUGUCUCAGCAGGAUAUGGAUAUGGGCCAGACAGUUUAAUGAUUAACAUGAGGAAAUUGGCGCACUGGAAUCCCAGACCAUAAUGAUUCCUUAUAAGGGAUGUAACUGACGGUGACAGAAUACAGCUCAGUGUAGUAGUGCAAAGCUAAAAAAUCAGUAAAUCAUAAAUUCCACUAAUAUAUUUUUCACAGUGUGGUCAACAUAUUUUUACUACAAUUGUUUUUUAGUUUAGUUUAUAUAAGUGUACUGUAAUGAUCAAUUAUUAACUUGUUAUAUUGACUACACUAAUAAACUCUUAGGACUAGAGGGAGGAGUUAGAAGAUGUUCUCAAAGUACAUUUAGGUUUUUCCUCUGAGAGGAUCAAGGAAAUUGCGCAUCGAGAUGGCGCUUAACUGGCCCGGCCUGCUGUCAAUCGGGGUGUUCUACCUCAUCGUCCUCGCGACAGGCGUCUGGGCGUCCAGGAAGUCCAAACGCGAGGAGAGGAAGUGCACUGGAAACCUUAGUGAGGUUGCCAUGGUUGGAGGGCGGAACCUCAACAUCUGGGUCAGCAUCUUCACUACCACAGCUACAUGGGUGGGAGGAGGUUUCAUCUUAGGCAAUGCUGAGGUGGUCUACGACCCUAAAAGAGGCCUGGCUUGGGCCAUCGGACCAAUAGGCUUCGUCCUUAGCCUGGUUGUAGGUGCGUUGUUCUUUGUGAGACCGGUCCGAGAGAAGAAUUACGUCACCAUAAUGGAUCCGUUCCAGGAGAAGUAUGGAAACACGUUAACUGCUAUUCUCUUUGUCCCAUCACUCCUUGCUGACAUCUUCUGGAUAGCCUGUGUGCUCGCUGCUUUGGGGGGAACGGUGAGUGUGAUCAUGGAUAUCCCAUCACCCUUGGCUGUGGCCCUGUCUGCUGCCGUGGCAGUUCUCUACACAUUACUGGGAGGGCUGUACUCGGUGGCCUACACUGAUGUCAUCCAGCUCAUCUUCAUGUUCCUCAGCCUGUGGUUCUGUGUGCCCUUCAUACUGAUGAGCCCCGCCUCAACAGACAUUACAGUCACAGCGGUGACAAAACUGUAUCAGGAGCCAUGGACCGGCAGGCUGAAGUUGGCAGAUGCAGGGCGCUGGCUGGAUGACCUGCUACUGGUGACUCUAGGUGGAAUCUGUUACCAGGCUUUCUACCAGAGAGUCCUGGCCACAGCCACUGUGGCUCAGGCUCAGUUCACUUGCUAUGCUGCCUCUGUCUUCUGCUUCAUCCUCGCCAUACCACCUCUUCUCAUUGGUGCUGUGGCAGCAUCCACAGAUUGGAACCAGACCAGUUUUGGUCUACCUACUCCCUACGAGCAGGGCAAGGCGGGUAUGAUUCUGCCCAUCUCCCUGCGCUACCUGUGUCCACCUUUCGUUUCUCUUGCCGGAAUCGGCGCCAUUGCUGCUGCCGUGAUGUCAUCUAUUGACUCGGCCCUGCUGUCUUCUGCGUCCCUUUUUGCCCGAAACAUCUACAAAAACAUUUUCAGCAAAAGGGCCUCUGAGAAACAAAUUCUACGGGUUGUAAAGGUGUCCAUCCUACUGUUUGGUUUCAUGGGGGCGGGCUUGGCAAUGACGACCUCCUCUGUGUAUGUCUUCUGGAUUCUCAGUGGAGAUGUGAUGUACACGGUAGUGUGUGCACAGUUGAUCUGCGUCCUCUUUCUACCUGGGAAGGUCAAUGGGUAUGGUGCCUUGGCAGGCCUUGUGGUAGGGCUACUGCUGCGGCUACUAGUGGGAGAGCCCCUGCUCGGUGUGCCUGGACUCAUGCCCCUUCCCUGGGACAGCCUACACGAGGACGGGCAUCUGCUGCAUGUCUUCCCAUUCCGCACCGGCAUCAUGUUGGUCUCUCUGGCCACCAUCCUGGUUGUGUCACGUUUCGCAGCCUGCCUUUUCCUUAAAGGGCUACUGCCUGACAACUGGGAUGUAUAUGGACUUGGUCAAAAAAGGAGGAUUUUGAUGAAGGAUAUGGUAGCUAAGGAUCUGACUGAGAAGAUUGGACUGAACACAAGGCAGAUGGACCCAUCUCCUCAUGCGAGCACAGAAGAUAUGAGGUCUUUACAAUGACUUGGGGUUCCAUCAUGUAGAUAGUUACAGUGGGGCAAAAAAGUAUUUAGUCAGCCACCAAUUGUGCAAGUUCUCCUACUUAAAAAGAUGAGAGAGGCCUGUAAUUUUCAUCAUAGGUACACUUCAACUAUGACAGACAAAAUGAGAGAAAAAAAUCCAGAAAAUCACAUUGUAGGAUUUUUAAUGAAUUUAUUUGCAAAUUAUGGUGGAAAAUAAGUAUUUGGUCACCUACAAACAAGCAAGAUUUCUGGCUCUCACAGACCUGUAACUUCUUCUUUAAGAGCCUCCUCUGUCCUCCACUCGUUACCUGUAUUAAUGGCACCUGUUUGAACUUGUUAUCAGUAUAAAAGACACCUGUCCACAACCUCAAACAGUCACACUCCAAACUCCACUAUGGCCAAGACCAAAGAGCUGUCAAAGGACACCAGAAACAAAAUUGUAGACCUGCACCAAACACAUGAAAAUCAUAUUUCAACCAGGCAGGUGCGCCACAAAAGUCAGAAAUAGCGAUAUAAUUAAUGCCUUACCUUUGAAGAUCUUCUUCUGUUGGCAUUCCAAAAUGUCCCAGAAACAUCACAAAUAGUCAUUUUGUUCGAUAAUGUCCUUCUUUAUGUCCCAAAAUGUCCCAAAAAUGUCAAUUUAUUUGCCGCGUUUGAUUCAGAAAUACACCGGUUUCAACUCGCCCAACAUGCCUACAAAGUAUCUAAUAAGUUACCUGUAAACUUGGUCCAAACAUUUCAAACAAUGUUCCUAAUCCAACCUCAGGUACCCUAAAAUGUAAAUAAUCAAUUGAAUUUAAGACAGAAUAAACUGUUUCUAAUACCGGAUAAAAACAACGUGAAGCGUGCUCCAGUUCACGCGCACCAAAACAGUAGAGUCCACCUGGAGUGACUAUUUCUUAACUUAUCAAAAGAAAAACAUCGAACAAUUUCUAAAGACUGUUGACAUCUAGUGGAAGCCAUAAGAACUGCAGCUAUGUUCUUAAUAAUAAGGGUAUCCCAUAGAAAACAACUGGAAAAUCCUAUGACCUCAAUUUUCCUGGAUGGUUUGUCCUUGGGGUUUCGCCUGCCAUAUCAGUUCUGUUAUACUCACAGACAUUAUUUUAACAUUUUUUUCUAUUCAAAUCUACCAAUUAUAUGCACAUCCUAGCUUCUCUGCCUGAGUAACAGGCAGUUUACUUUGGGCACGCUUUUCAUCCGGAGGUGAAAAUACUGCCACCUACCCAAGAGAGGUUAAUUCAAUAAACAAUGUUACCUUUUCAAAGAAAUGUAGCUUGUGGAAAGUACGGUUUCCUUUUCUUGUUACUUGUUUGUCAUCUUCAUGUUUAUGGUACAUUUGUAUGAAUAUCCUUCAAAGUCUGUUUGUUUAGAAAGAAAGAAAAAUACAAGCUAAAUAACGAGUGAUCAAGCAUGAAUGACACCACCCUAGUUAGGUGGAAAAACAAGGUAAAACGGUGAACUGUCACUUUAAGAGUUUGUCUCCCAGACACAUAUUAACUCGGUUCUGGAAGUAGCAUUUUCAAUGGAGAUUCUUUGUGUGCACAUUCUGGAUCCUGAGUGUCUAUAAUAUCAUAUACACAGUGGUGUUAGCUAUCCUAUUUCUGUCUAGACAGAUCAAUGAUUAUGGAGUGUGUUUGGGCUUUGGGAUAGGGCUUUUCCUCUGUGGCCUGUUUGAUGUGCCCACACACACAUACCUCUUCUUUGCUCUUUCCCUUACUUCUCUCCUCAGCCACAGUCCUUCUUGUGUCACGUUUGGCAGGCCCCCUUUUCCUUACUGGCUACUGCCCCAUAGAUGGGAUGUGUUAAUUAGGUCUGUCAGAAUGUGAUCUUUAACAGCUGUGGCUGCUAAGGAUCAGACUGAGGAGAAAGGACUGAAUACUGUCAAAGAAAAUCUAAGGCCUUUCUUCUGCCUGUAUCUCAUUUACAGUUGAAUUAAUUUGGUAAUAAUGAACUGAUCAUAUUAUUUGUCAAUGAAUCAAACCAUUAUUUAUUUAAAUGGUAUUCAAUUCAAUAAACAUGUUUAUGUUUUUGUUA